CGAUGUGAGGCUAUGAUUUUUUUUUGUUGUAGUCUGCAUAAGCGCUAGUAUUAUCCCCUAUAACCUCUGUUCUGGGUGGAAAACUCAAUAAAAAUUGAUAAUAAAUCGGGGAAAGUAUUGAUAGAGCGGACGAGUUCAUAACUCAUCAGCAAAAUGCCCACAUACGAACUGCCCCUCAUAUUACGUGUCAUGCCGAAGCCACAGAUCACAGCUACAUUGAAGCGAGUAGCUAAUGGUAUCUUCGAUCGAGGCGGUGUCAUUCGAAAAAUCGAAAAUUUGGGGGAAAUCGUAACUCCGUAUAAAAUGUCGGCUCAUAACAAGGUCCAUCGUAAGGCAUCUUAUUUCAUUUUUCACUUCGAUGCCCCUCCGAGGAAGCUCGAAGAUCUUCUAGAAGAGUACGGUCGUGAUGUCGACGUGGUGAGGAGUCGAGUAUAUAAAAAGGACGAGGAUAACCCUGAACCAUGUACUUGGCAUGAGGAGAUGUUGCCACCCUCCGAUAGACCUGAAGUGCAGAAACUGAUGAGAAUUGCUGCAAACCAAAAACGUGGAUUCACUAAAAUUUGGAAUCCGAAUUCAGGUCUGGAUUAUUAUCCAUUUCAGCGAUAAGCGGUUGAUACAAAAACCUAAUUUAGAAAUUUUAUUUAAAUGAAUGAAUGGAAUAAAGAAAUAUCUGUUUACUAAUUUCUGAUAAAUGUUUUUAUUCCUGAUAGACUUUUAAAUACAAUCUGAAAGUUAUGUAUUUUCUUCAAUAAUUCACCAAAAAGAUGUUUGUACAAAAUACUUAAGUUAAUCGUUUUCUAUUAUCAUACAUAAUAUAUAUUCUUACAAAUAAUAAUAACUGAUGUGCAAAUGAGGAUCCAAUGCAUAAAAUUUGUUUUCUCCGUUAUCAACUCUCCAAACACAACUGAAAGUUUUUUCCAACGGCAAUACCAUAGUUGAAAUAAUAUGAGUUCAUUCCUUAAAAAUUAUGUACCUCGUCGGUUGCUGUACGAAUUAUUUUGUCACAGGAUUAUUAUUUUUAAGUCAUGAAAAUUGACAUGUUUUUGACUACAGAAGAGCAUGGUCCAUUUUACCUCCUAUCAUUCUCUCCUUUUUUUUUAUUUAAAUGAUCCCACAAAA